AGAUUCUUGCCGUAAAUAGGGGUACGCAUUCUCGAAUUUUCCAGCAAGUUGUCGCAAACGCUUAUUGUCGGCCGCUGCUGUUUGUCAAAGUGGAGCUCCCGCGGCGAGAAAGUUGCGGAAUUUUUUAGAAUUACCGAUCUAUGAAAUAAAAUUGUGAUGUGCCCGACUUAUCGCCACGUGUGUAAAUGAGAAAGUUGUCGGUGCUCUCCGCCUGAGGGUGAUUUUUCUUCUUCAGGCGCGUGGGUGAUCGGCGGCUGCUUUUGCCGGUUUUUAAUUCAGCGUGGUUAGUUUCUGACUUGUGGGGAAAGAAAAUGUUCGGGUAUACGUGUAGAAUAGGUCGUGCGCUAUUAGUUGCUCGAGCCGUUGUGAUCUCCGGUCGUCAUUCGAAGAGGUUCUACCCAGCCAAGAAGAAACGGUUUUACAAAGAAGUCAGCAUAGUCAGAUCUGGUGAUCAGUACGAGGUCUGCCUGGACCAGAGGAAGCUCAAGACGCCCAUGGGAAAACUAUUGCUCGUCCCCAACGAAGCGUUGGCUGUUGCUAUCGCAACAGAAUGGGACUGUCAGCAGACGGAAAUCAAACCCGACGAAAUGCACCUGACUGGCCUUUGCAACACGGUCGUGGACAACCCUUCCAAAAAGACAAAGGAAGAUAUGGCAUCCGACAUACUGGAGUUCCUGGAAUCAGACACACUUUGCUAUCGAAUGGAAGAGCCUGAUGAGCUUGUCACCUUGCAGAAGGAGAAGUGGGAUCCCUUAUUGCGAUGGUACGAAGAAAGGUUCGGUGUGAAGCUGGAGGCAAAGAGCGACCUGAUGGUGUCAACGCUCCCCCAAGAAGUGUGUGAUGUUGCCUUCAAGCACCUGACAUCAUAUUCAUUGUGGGGGCUAACAGGCAUUCAAUACGGUGCGGAAAGCCUCAAGUCUUUGAUCCUUUUCCAAGCUGCCUUGGCGCAGCACCUCAGUGUGGAACAAGCUGUCAUGCUGGGAAGGCUGGAGAGCGAGUUUCAGACGAGUCGCUGGGGCAGCAUUGAGUGGGCCCACGACCUUGACCGAGAGCAAGUUCUCAGCCGAGUGGCAGCGGCAGUGCUCUUUGUGCAGCUCACGUCGGAGUCGUCCAGCAUCGUUUUCAAGUCGAGCACAGCAAAUCAAGCUCAACAGUCAUCCGCAGGCGUGCAGAGGUGAACGGCCAACAACACAAUAGGUUCUUCUUCGCUGACUUCGAGUGAUUUCUUCAUAGUGGCGUGUGAACUUGUUGAGUAGAUGUGCGUGCCGUCUGUUGCGAAAGUUCCCGAGCCAAAGUGUUCGCAACCAGUUUGGACAUUUUUGCCGUGCGUAGGCGUCGCGAUCGGCGGUUGAUUGAUUGGCUGAUGGCAUGUCUCAGAGAAACACUCGGGCAAAAAAAAAGAUGCUGUAGGCUUCAGAUUAACCUUGAACCUCCCAAAGGUCCUCAGCGUGUAUCCAGAGCAGUGUGCACAAGCGUUCUUGCAUCCUGAACAAACCAGUAUGUUGCUGGGAAUCGGACCCACAACCUUUUUUUAGUAGCCGAACAUUGUAGCCCUUGCGGCGGGUGUGCUUUAAAGUAAUGUCCUGGUUAGUGCAUGUACUGUAUUACUAUUAGCAUUAAUUCAAAGGUGACAAGGUUGAAAAUGACUAUAGAAUACAUUCUUGCAUUUCCAAGUUUGCCUGCAUUUGUAACAGAGGCUUAACUCGGGCUCCAAAGUGUGCAUUUGGAACUGUACUACUCUCCAUGCGUAGCAGCCAGCGCAGUGAAAGCUACCUUGUGUGUGAUCAUGGAAGUCUUGCUCUAUAUUUUUCGCAGUGCGAUGCUUUAAACGAAAUAACUAAUUCAUACAUUACAGAUACAUUUUGCCAAUAUAAGGUUACGCCAAGGCAGGUGCUAUUUGUGCAGCUUUGUUCUCUCAGUAUGCGACUGCUAUGUUCGGUCGCAAGUGCAAGCCCUAGGCUGUGGCCGCGGGUCGCAGAAACAUGUCACUCUGCUUGCUUAGGGUUAAGUAGUAUCUGCGACGCCUUCCAGGUAACAAUUAAGGCAUAAUUUACUACAUAAAAGUGUGGCACUUGUUAUACCGAAGCGUAUGAUGCAUACCUAUCUUUAUCUGUCAUGUGACACGCUGUUUCUUGGUCAAGAAAUUGAGCAGUGAGACAAGUCUAGCCUUCGUAGCAUUCAUUGUCUGCUAUGUAUGAGACUAAGUGCAUGCAGCAUGCUUAGCAACCAGCUGCAAAGUGAUUGCAUGUCUCACUCCUCUGGAACUAAGUGCGACAGUGUCAUGAUCAGUUUUUACUCUUGCUUUCAAUUUAUUCUGAUGUUGUGCGAUUCUAUAGCCCUAGGGACAUCUCUACUCUAAAAUCGCGCAAGCAACAGCUACGCAGCUACAUGGCAAUGUGUUACAAGCUUGGCAGCAAGUGAUUCGGCCUGGGAACUUUUGCGACUGCAUGUUGUCUUGCAAACCUUGAUUCAGCUUGUGAGAAGAAACAAAGGAUGUAUGAAUGGCUGUUGAAGCCACAUGAUGUAGUCACUUUGGUGACCCCGAGAACAAUGAAAGAUUGCGACAGA